UGAAUCCAGGUCUCCGGGAAGAGGAGCAUCUCCAUGUAGGAUACAUGGCAAAAGACACCUCAUCAAGGAGCACCAGCAAGGAUUCACCCUAACAUCAGAGCCAAGGCGAUGUCCCUGCGAGCAGACGCAGCCCAGUGUGGAGGGGUGGUGGUGGAGUUUGAGUCUGAUGACAUCAGGGAGGCUCGGGCCAGGAAGGCCAGGAGUAGAUCAGGGUCAGCCCUCAUCUACCUCAGGGGCCCUAAAUUCCUGAUCUACGUCAGUGGGGCACUGUCCAUGUGGGGUGACCGUAUGUGGCACUUUGCCAUUUCGGUGUUCCUGAUCGAGCUGUAUGGACGUAACCUGCUGCUGACCGCAAUAUUCGGCUUGGUGGUGGCGGGGUCAGUGCUGCUSCUAGGGGCGUUGAUUGGGGACUGGGUUGACCGCAACCCCAGGAACAAAGUGGCGCAUGCAUCGUUGUUGGUUCAGAACAUUUCAGUGACGGUGUGUAGCAUUGUGCUGAUGUUGGUCUUCUUAUAUAAACAGUGGAUUGAGAGCAUUUGGGAUGGCUGGUUAACUGUGGUUUGUUAUACGGUGGUGAUCGUCCUGGCAGAUGUGGCUAACCUAGCAAGCACAGCGCUGACCAUCGCCAUCCAGAGGGACUGGAUUGUGGUUAUCACUGGAUACAACCGGGGUCACCUCGCCGGGAUGAAUGCUACCAUGCGGCGCAUCGAUCAGGUGACCAACAUCCUGGCACCGCUGGCGGUGGGACAGGUCAUGACCCUGGCCUCCAACGUGAUCGGCUGRGGCUUCAUCCUGGGCUGGAACCUGGUGUCCCUCAUAGUGGAGUUUAUCUUCCUGUCCCGGGUCUACCGCAUUGUCCCGGCGCUGUCCGUCAAACCACCCGCGCCCGAGGACGGCCAGYCCUCCCUGGAGAGACCAGCAGAGAGGACGGAGGGACUGGUGGAGAGGAGGGGGUCACAAGUAGAGCAAAGUGAGGUGGUGACAUCAGCCCCGGGCCUCAGUGAUGACGACAUGAGCCUGAACCUCAAGGAGAUCACCAACCUGCCUCUGUGUUUCGGACGCUUCCGCUGGCUGCUGAGCACCUGUAAGGAUGGCUGGAGGGCCUACUACCGCCAGGAUGUCUUCCUGGCUGGGAUGGGCCUGGCCUUCCUCUACACAACUGUCCUGGGCUUCGAUUGCAUCACCACGGGCUACGCCUACACCCAGGGCAUCAGUGGCUCCCUGCUCAGUCUUCUGAUGGGGGUCUCGGCUAUAACAGGCCUCAUGGGCACCGUCAUGUUCACCAAGCUGAGGAAGGCCUACGGUUUAGUCAACACAGGCAUCAUCUCCAGCUGUCUCCAUCUUUGCUGUCUGCUGCUGUGUGUGUGUUCUGUGUUCGCCCCCGGCAGCCCCAUGGACCUCCGCCUGCUCAUGCCCUUCCUGGACGCCAACAAACACACCUACCCGAUGCGGGGUGGCAUUAAUCAGCCGCUGCUGCCCGACCGCUCGUCCAUCCACUGGACCAACAACACGGUGCUGUUUGAGAAUAUGCCAUCAGGCAUGGAGCCAGACUCCUACAUCUCUAUAAUCCUGCUGUUCUUGGGGGUCAUCACAGCACGCAUCGGGGUCUGUUCCUUUGACCUGACCGUGACCCAGCUGCUUCAGGAGAACAUCUGUGAGUCAGAACGUGGUGUGGUCAACGGGGUCCAGAGCUCCAUGAACUACCUGAUGGACCUCCUCCACUUCAUGGUCAUCUCUGCUCCGCAGCCCCAGCACUUUGGCAUCCUGGUCAUCAUCUCUGUACUGUUCAUCACCACGGGACACACCAUGUACUUCCUAUACGCACGCAAAGCCAAGAGAAAACCUGCUGGACGCCUGGACACGUAGGGAGGCCGUGUGGCUUUCUGCCAACAAGCAUGGCCCAAAGACUCCACUCUGCCUGCGCCUGCCUGUGAAGUCUCUUCUCUCUUGUUCCCUCUGCGCUCUCAUUGCUAGGCAACAAUACAACCGUAACACUCCUUCCCCCAUCAGCCAUUCAUUCAUUUCAGCACAACACAGCAAGUGUCUGUCGUGUCCUCCCCAACCUGGUUGCUAUCUCCUGCAUGGUCAGGUGUAGUAUGGCCAAGUGCUAAGGUACAGUAACAAACUAGAACUCAGGGUAACUAGAGUAGGAUCCACCUUUUCCUUCUGUACAUAGGUUGAGGUGGUCGCAACAGAUGCGGUGUGGUCCCUGCCGUGGUAGGUUCUCCACCUUAGUGUUGGUCCCUACCGUGGUAGGUUCUCCCACCUUAUUGUUGGUCUCCCACCGUGGUAGGUUCUUCCCACCUUAGUGUUGGUCACCCACCGUGGUAGUUCUCACCCCAGUGUUGGUCUCCCACCGUGGUAGGUUCUCACCCCAGUGUUGGUCUCCCACCUCAGUGUUGGUCCCCCACCGUGGUAGGUUCUCCCACCUCAGGAAAAGGGCACAGAGGGCAGGCUGAGGCAGCAGCCGCAGCAGCAGAACACGCUUUUCCAGCAAUUUUAGAUUACUGCAAGAGCUUUGUUAUGGCAGUCUGUUAACCUACUCAGAGUUUGGAUGGGAGUUGGAUGGAUGGAUGGAUUGGUGUAUUUUUCUAACCUUCACACAGUAAAGAACUGGGCAUGGUGAAGCAGGUGACAGUAACAAAAAGAAGAAGAAACGAGACUUAACAACUUUAACAAGUGGCAAACAUGUUACUGCUCCGUCCACUUGGAAAUAAUCCAGGAAGUCCAAAAGGAAAAGUAAAGGGAAGUUGGUGUCAGAUUGUGAGAUAGUGAAGAUUAUAAAGGAGCCCCCCUUGAUGGACAGAAGAGGAAGGCUGUAGUGGCAUCUUCUCCUGGUCUGUUUCUCUGUGGAUGAAUCAGGCAGACAUGUGCCUAGCUUUCAAAUCAAUCACUAAGACACAUUUCAGUGCCUAUUGAUUAACACAUUAUAUCAUUAAAAAAWAUAUAUAAUUUAAACCGGAUCGCAGGAACGUAUCAUAAGAACAUAAAGAUAGUAAGAAAAAGAAAAACAUGCAUUGAAAUCAGAGGAAACCAAAAUGACCAUGAUCGCUUGUGUACUUAGAUAACUGAAAAUAGCUUCCAAAUUGUAAAUGCUUUUCCUUCACAUAGAAACAGAGUGAUAUUAAUGCAGUUUGACAAAUUUAUAGCAAACAGAUUUUUACCUCCUCUUUCAUUUUGUGACCUGUUUUGAGAUCAGUGUUUAGUAGAUUGAUAGGUCUAUAUGAUUCUGGAUUAAGGCAGUGUUGUAUUACACUAGAACACCUACGCACCCUGUUUCCUUGUUGUUCUCAUGAACUAAAACCUUACCUCAGUACAGUACAAGAAAACCGUGUUUGAAAAACUGACUUGGACAUGUCUCAGCUAUGUACGGCCAUCUCCUUUCUGUAGUGGCAAUACCAUCAAAGUUGAACUCGUUGUCAUGCAAACAGCACCACAUUACAAUUUAUUUGUUUUUAUAUCAUAUUUUCCUGUGACGUAUUGUUCACUUACAUCUAUAAUUUGUUGUCCUUUUCUGUUUCAGACUGUUAUUUAUGAUGACA